GUGGAUAUCAUUGGGGUUUAUCAGUUUGCCUUUUUGCAGAAGGCGGGAAUGACGGAUGCCAUUUUGGAUCAGCGGCGUCGGCUGCUGGGCAAGCUCGACAGGCUGCUGGCGUCCCUCCCAGUGCGCUCACAAUUGAUUGUUGGGGGAGACUUUAACGCCACUCUUGUCCCCACAAGCAGAAUUGCGGGGUAUGGGCUGCUGCAGCGUGCGCUGUCCGACAAGGAGAAAGCGGACCAGGACUUGCUGCUUCGCCUACUGCAGAAAUACAAACUCUCUGCAUUGAACACCUGGGGUAAGAAGAGCGGUGCUGCAACGUAUCUGCAUGCCAAGGGGCGAAGCCAGAUUGACUUUGUCUAUGCGAGGCAGGCUGUUUCCGACGGGGAGGCUAAGCAAACAAGGCCAGAGUUCACUGUAAUGGCUGGAUGGCGUUCCACGGGUCACCUUCCCCUGGUGGGUUCGAUCCCGCAUCGAUGGACACCGUGGGCCAAGCCAAGACGGGAGCGACAGGCGCCAGUCCCGGAGGGGCCUGGACUUGAGGUCCUGGCGCAGCAGAACACCAAUGAGGAGCCAUGCAGCAUACAGGAGCUCCGGGGAGCGGUGCUGCGAGCAGAGUGCGAGGCUCCAGAACCAAUGACUCGACCAGGGUUGGAGCCGGUGGAUGAGCUGGUCAAGGGAUGCUGGAAACUGCGGCGCAAACGACAGAUUGCGCAGACGUUGCUUGGUGCCGGUUUCAUCUUUGUUUUCAGGGUGCAGCGUAUUCGGCUCCGGGAUGAGGAGGGCAACCUGAUGAGUGGACCAGAGGAGUGUAGAGUGCUUGCGGCCUAUGCGCGGGAUUUGUUCAUGGCGCCAGAGGGGGUGAAGCUUCCGCUACUGCGGAUACCGGAGCAGGUGCUGAAGAUUGAGGCGUGGCAGAAGGCGGCAGUGAAGCUGAAAGCGGUGAAGGCAGCCCCUCAUGAUACCCCGCCCCUUCGACAGUGGAAGCAACACUGUCAGCUGAUU